AUGAAAAAAUUCAUAAGCUAUAUAGCUUUUUUAGGACUUGCUAGUUCUUUCAUGCUUAUAGAUUCAAGUCUAGAUCCAGGCAGGAUUUUAUGGCCAACAGAGACUUGGGUAAGCAGCCCAAUUCAGCUCUCUCAAACCAAUGCUGGCUCAAUUGUGAAACUAACAUUUACCCUUAGGCCAAGCACCACACUUGCUAAUGGAGUUCUUGAAGUGAUUUAUCCAAGCAGCAUUCUUGGCGGCCCUAUAUAUAUUCCUUCAAGCUUUUCAGGAGAUAAAGACGUCUCUCUAACUUAUACCUCAAUUACUUUGCCUGCAUCUGUAGGUAUUUAUGGACCUUUUGUUCUUAUUACCAGAUCUUCACAAACAGGCCAAAUGUAUGAUUUAAAUAACGUUUUCGGCUAUAUUGCUAUUACAAGCACAAUUUCUACGUCAUCAGAUCUAACAGUAACUAAUGAAUCUGUAAACCCAAUGAUUGGAUCAAGUGAUACCCUCUAUUUUGCCUUCAGCUUAAACCAAAACCUAUGAAAAUACGAUUUAAUUGAAAUUAUCCCUUCAGAUUCAUAUAUGCCUUCUUCUUUAGUUACUUGCAGCUCUAUUACGGUGGCUGGAAUUCCCAAUAUUCUUUAUGGACCUACAGGAGAUCAUAAUUUGCCUUGUGCUAUAGCAACUCAAAGUUCUUCUACUACUGGUCCUCAGUAUACCAUAUCAGAGUCAAAUAGUGUUUACAUAUAUGGUCUUUCCCAAGAUAUUAUCUUAUCCCCUCACUGAGAAAGUAAAACCAAAAUUCUAUGUAGAGGUUUUUACUUACUCUCUACUCUCUACUCUUUAAAUUGAAACAAAAUAUAGGCAAAAUUGCCAUUUUUGGUACUUCUUUAACUCAAAUUAAACUGGAAAUUGUUUUUUUUGAAUAAGGUGAAAAUAAUAAUUUUUAUAAAAAAUUUUUUGACGUCAUUCACUGGGAAUAGUCAAUUAGAAUAUUAUUUAAGUAGUUUUCACAAUUAAUUUUUCAUAAAUAUAUUUAAAUUUGAAAAUAUUACGUUCAUUUUUAUAGAGAAAAUUGAGUAUUAAAAAUUGAAACAAGAUUAUAGGGGGAGUUAAGCAAAAAAUUUUUAUAUCUAAAAUUUUUGACUGCAUUAUAUAAGUCUCCUUUAUGACCAAGUCAAAAUUCUUUCAUGAUUGUCGAGGAGACUUAGCAUCGGGCUCAAUAACCAUAAAACUCAGUAUCUCAACUUUUAACUACCCUUUAUAUAAGCGACAAUCAGCCUCAAAUACCUGAAAAAUCAACAUUUGAAGAUGGGGAACCUCAAACUUGAUUGCCCAAUACGUCGCAUCAAGUGGCCCCACUACACCUAUUGAAGGCACAAUAACUGCAGCAUGAUCUCCUAUUAAUGAUGCGCUUACUCCUCUCCUCCGUGAGCAAAUAAAACCAUUGGAAAAACUUUCUAUUUUUCUCCGUAACAACUAUUUUUUAUAAAAAAAUUGAUAUAUAAAUGAUAAUUAUUAUAGCAUAAUCUCUUGCUACUUCUGUCUUAUUUAAACAGCUUGCAUUUUAAAACAUAAUUUUACAAAUUAAAUUUAAGUUUAAUUGAGUUACUCUUGUAUGCUGUCUCCUUGCUUGAGGUACAGCUUGUUUAACAGCUCUGAACAACGAUAAGUGAACUGGCCUAACCGUCGAACCGUUAAAGUUAACAAGUCCGUUAAGACUUCUCUGGUCAGUACCUGACUCAGCACUGACCUCUCUUCUCUCUUUCGAAACUCUCAAGAGGCAAGACCUCUAUCACAAAUCUCGAAAAUAGGUCUCGGUCUGCAGAGCAGGUGUUAGGACCUAUCUCUAACUGACAUUUUUAAUAUUGUGAAUUAAAUUUUAAAAAUAUUUCUAAUUUUUUUAAAAUUUUAAGUAACCCCUUGGUAAACGAACAAAUUUUUUGUUCACUUAUGGCGGAGUUAGCGCCAGCGAUGUUAUAGGAGGAAUGGUCAUUUUUACGAAAGUAACUUUUACAACACAUCAUGAUAUACCAGCAGCUGGAACGGCCAUUAUUACUUUCUGGAGUAUUGAUAUUUCUCUUGAUUGGUGGGAAGAUCUUGAUGGGUCAAAUAAUUCUGGCUCUCAAUGCUACUUGACAAUACCAAUUAAUGGAGCUUCAUGCGCUAUUAGUAGCAUUAAUAUCGUUACAAUUACCUUCGCUAAUAAAAUGCCAGCUGGAUCUGUAAGUAUAGCCUUAUUAACUGCUUUUAACCAAGACACCCGAAUCUCAGAAAUAGUCACCAGGAUUAGGUUAGACUAUUUAAAGUCGGGCGUCAGCUAUAUUUGCGAAGCAGUCACCAGAGACCUCCCAUAUGGAAGGUUCUACAGUUUUUAGACAGCCAGAGGGUAUAUCCUCGAAAACAGGCUCCUCCUUGCCUUGCUGCUUCACUCUUGAGUGGGUGGCUUAUAAAUUUCUGCGGCCCUGAGGUAGAAAAAUAGUCACCACGGACUCAUCAUCCAACUAUAUUGAUUAUGUCUCAAAUCCUAUAUCUUGACCAAUUAAUACUAAUAAUCUCCUUUAUUCUUUUUUCAAAUUCCAUGGAUACUCUUCAGCUAUAUAUGACUCAUAUCCUCGACUUGCUGAUUCAGGAACAUAUUUGCCAGGCCUCAUCUAUGGUGCUGAUACAAGUCUCGACUUAUAUUGGACAUUUACACCUAGCUCAUGAGUUACAUGAACAACAUCUACCUAUAUAGCAAUCUACCUCCCUUUUACGACAUCUGGAGUUUCAUUUACUCACUCCCCCCCCCCCCCUCCGUGAGCGAAAAAAAAAUUUUGUUCGCUCACGGAGGGGGGUUAAUUUUUUUUUUUUAAAAAAAAAUUUAUAUAUAAAUUUUAUAAAAAAAUAUUUUUUUCGAAAUUUAAAAAAAUCCUAAUUUGCAAAAAUUGGGAAGCAAAUAUUAAUUUAAUUUGCAAAAUUUAUGUUUUAAAACGCAAUUUGUUUAAAAUUAAACAGAAUUAGCUCUAGAUUUCAUUAUACUAAUUAUCACUUAUAUAUCAAAAAUUUUUUCCAUUAAAAUUUUUUCUAUUAAAAAAAUUUUUGUUCACUCACGGAGGGUGGGUUUUUGGUCAAAAAAUGGCGAUUUUUCUAAUGGUUUUGUUCGCUCACGGAGGGGGGGGGGAGUCAGCCUUAUAUUAGUGAAACUGCUAUUAAAUAUGAAAUGAAUAACGAUCUAACGCUUAAUAAUGGGGUUAAUUUCUACUCACCACCAACCAAAGCUACUUUCUCUUUGUCUCAAAAUACAAUUUAUCUAAAUUUCCAGCUAGCUCCUACUUUAAGAUAUUAUACAAUUGCUGUUGGAAAUGGCGAAUCUGCCUUACCAUAUGUUGCUUCCAACUUAGGCACUUUUUAUGAAUGCUUUGCUAUAUCAUUAACAGGAUCUAAAAAAGAGAUUGGAAACUCAGUUUAUUCAGUUAUAAUAAAAGACUACCUUGGAGCUGACAUUUAUGCAAGGCCAUUUUGCAAUGCUAAUUGGGCAUCCGGCAUUCCUCUUGUGAGUGUAUUCGCUGCCAAAAUAAUUGCAAUUGAUUUCACUUCAGCUGAACAAAAUUUUGUUCUCGAAAUUAAAGUUACCAAUGGUGCUGAUCUUAAUACUGGAUUAGCAAAAGGAAGCUAUCUCCCUCUUUCUUCGACGGUUCCAGGUACUACUGCUGUUUUAGAUGAAACCAUAGGUGAUACUAUUAUUAAACUUACAGGCCUUGGAGUAGUUAUUGCUGGUCGACCUGCUAUUAAUACAUUUUUAGCUAUGGGAAAACUUGCUGACACGUCAUUUAUUGCUACAUCUCGACUUUACUACAUUACUGCAAAAGACCCAAGUAUCAAAAAUUACUUAUAUCAGAGCACUCAAAGUCCGAUAACCCUCACGAAUUCACAAAAUAACCCGUUAGUAUCUGGAACUUAUGUAUUGGGUGCAUGAACACCUUCUAGCAAUACAAAUUAUGAGAUAGGCUCAGCAAGAGUCGCCAUAGAAGUUUCAUCACCUUAUAUUGGAAUUGGCCUUCCGACUGGAUUUAAGCUGUCUCCAUCAUCAAUAAUUUCAAUUAACGGUAAUGUUGCAUCAACAAUUUAUUCAGCCUCCAAUAGCAAUGAUUAUACCAGUGGUGGAUUCAUAAUUGGCUAUAGCACAAAUCCUAAUUAUAGAAUUACAACAAGCGGUGUUACUAUAACUAUUACAGAAGUGACAGCACCUGGGUAUUCAGGAGAAUCAAGUUCGUCUAAUUCUGUACUUUUUAAUAUUUUUGGUGCUAGUAGUUUCGGAGGAAGCUGCGAUAUCUGUGGGACAGACUAUUCAUUUAAUUUUGUUUAUCCAGGAGAAAUUGCUAACUCAUUAGUUACAUGUACUUUGUCUUCAUACUCGGCAGCUGAUUAUGAUUCUGUUGAUGCCACUAUGACUAUUACAGUAACAACAGUGCAUCGGGUUCCUGAAAAUGGUAUAAUAUCACUUACAUUGGCUUUGGAUUGGGCCUUUUAUCUUUCUACUUGUACUGUUAUAGGACCAAGCGAUAUAGACUCAAACAAUAAAGUAAUCUGCUCUAUUUCUUCACAUGUGCUUACAAUAGGCAGCUUUGCUGUUUUUGAACCUGGGACAAUUACUAUAACAAUUUUGCAUGUUCGUAAUCCGUUAUCUGGUGGCAUCUAUACAUGUGUAUCUCAAGUGGCUACGCAAGAUGCACGGUUGAAUUAUAUUGAUUAUGGCUUUAACAAUUAAAAUUGGGCGUCUCGGUCCAGGCAUGGCCUACGGGUAAUGUAGCCUUGAGCCCAUAUUUAAUUAACUCGUAAAUUUUUUCCCAACUAAGAUAUAGAUAACAAUUCUAGAUAAGCAAUUCUAUCAUUGCAUGGAGCCUAGCCCUAGUUAGGGUUGGAUUUUACCUCGAAGGAAAAGGGAAUGAUUGGAGGUGAAAAGGGAAGCCCAGCAAGGCUACAGCGAUGCCUAGACCAUUCGGGCGAAUCUCUAGCGCGAAACAAGUAGUUACGCUCUGGUCUUCGAAGGGAAGGGAAGGGUUUAUAUUAGCCGGGGCUGAAGCCCUGGGUUUCGAACUUUUUUCCUUUUGCUUAAAGUCGACCAGAAAUUCCAUUUUUUUGGGAUUUCUGUAUGAAAAACCUUUGUCUAGCUCAAGCAGCAGCUGCAGAAGUCUAGAGUCCACCUACUUAGCACUGAAGCCACAAGACAAGCAGAAGUCGGUGAGAGGAAGAGAGAAGAUUUCGGAUGUCUCAUGAUGUCUAUAGCUGGUGGAGGAACAAAUGAUGCCGAGCCUAUUCUCACUGGGGGAUCUCACCUGGGUCCGCUUUACUAAAGCAUCGCAAGCGGAUCAACCCUCGAAUGAGUCUUUGGUGACUGUAUUAUCUAUAGGUGGAAGCCACCUAUAAUGAAGUUUAAGUUUGAAAUUAUGGCUCUGCCUUAUUUCAAGAGAUAAUAAUAACUGUAGCAUCAGCACCAGUGAGUUUAAUAUAA